ACUGUAAAACGCAGUUCGCGUGGACCGUACAUUGUGUAGCCUAGUGUUGUAAUUUUUAAAAUAAACAAUUUGUUGUAUUUUAAUAGAUUUCUCUCCUUAAUAAAAAUCAAAUGAUUGUGCACAUGCUGAACAUGUGACGGUGAAAACAAAACAUGGCAGUUUUGCCGGUUCAAAUUAGCGAGAACGGACGACAAAGGUUGUGUACUGUGCUGUGGGUUGUACAUUGGGUGUGCGCCGUGUGCGGGUUGGCUAUCAUCUCCAUUGGGCUGUACCUCAAGAUUCGCAUACAAGAUAAGGUAAAUCUAGUAGAAGGCUAUGACGGUAACACCCUACCAUUGAUGCUCAUCGCCAUCGGUGUUGUUACUACAGCCAUCGACCUUGCUGGCGGACGACUUUUCCACAUGGUUGCCGACAUCUCUCGAAGGGAAAAAAUGAAGUCCCUCCUCCUUCCCUACCUCUUCCUCUUCCUCGUUCUCAAUUUCUGCAUCUUCAUUACGGCAUGCAUGUGCUUCGCGCAUCGCUUCCAUCUCCAGCAGUCGUUCCAUCGUGGGCUGAUGAAGGCAAUGAAAAACUAUAAGGACAAGGAGGCCGUGAAAUACGAGAUCAACCAGUUGCAGGUGGACUUCGAGUGCUGUGGCAACGACGGUUACGAAGACUGGUUUGCCUUGCAAUGGAUCGGAGACGAUUAUCUGGACACGAGUAACGAGAUCAUACAAAGCAAGAUGAGUGGCGGACAAUACCUGAGCGACAACGUUCCGUACAGCUGCUGUAAACACGACCAGCUCCGGCCCUGCAUCCACCACCACGUCCACGACAACGACAGACACUACAACUACGAUUACCGCGAAGCGCUGACCCUCCACCAACAAGGGUGCAAGCCCGCCCUCAUGGACUACUUCACGACCAGGCUGAAUCGGAUCGGGGGCAUCACCAUGCUCAUCUUCAUCUUGCAGUCCGUCAUUUUCCUGUUGCUGCGCUACCUCCAGACGUCCAUCGGGAACGCUUACGACGCCGACGACCCGGAGGGCACGGCCCGCGGCUGGCUCCUGGCGAGCGUCCCCUUCGCCGAGCAGCCAGAUCUCAAGGAGGCCGCGGAAGACGCCUCAAUUGCGUCGGACGACAGCUUCGGCAUCGUCUUCCGGCAGGACGAGUCGGACGCCCAGGAACCCAUCUACGAAAACUGGCCCCGUGGGGGAACCUUUGAUGAUGGUUUUGACGGGGCACCGAUGGCAGCGGGGUCAAAAAGGGCCAAGUCAAGGGAUAGGAAAUCGCAGAAUACACACAGGCAGCAGGGACAUGACCGACAGGAACCCAUCUACGAAAAUUGGUCCCCGGAGGAAACCUGGGAUGACGGUUUUGAUGGGCCACCCGAGGCAGCAGGGUCACAAAAGGAUAAGUCAAAGGAUAAGAAAUCCAAAUCGGACAAGAAAUCCAAAUCGGACAAGAAAUCCAAAUCGGACAAGAAAUCCAAAUCGGACGAGAAAUCCAAAUCGGACAAGAAAUCCAAAUCGGAGGAGAAAUCCAAAUCGGGCGAGAAAUCCAAAUCGGACAAGAAAUCCAAAUCGGAGGAGAAAUCCAAAUCGGACGAAAAAUCCAAAUCCGGCAAGAAAUCAAAAUCAGAGAAGAAAUCGGCAUCUCAGGAGAAAUCGAAAUCGGACAACAAAUCUAAAUCGGAAAAGAAAGCUGGGUCAACGGAAAAGAAAUCACCGGGAUCGACGAAGAAAUCACAAACGUCAGAGAAGAAGGCGUCUGGGUCAACAAAUAAAUCAUCUGCGUCAACAAAGAAAUCUCCAGGUUCGGCUAAGAAGUCAGCAGGAUCAACCAAGAAAUCACCUGGGUCAACCAAGAAGUCGCCUGGAUCAGCAAAGAAAUCGCCAGGUUCAACUAAGAAGACGGCAGGAUCAACUAAGAAAUCACCUGGAUCAACUAAGAAAUCAACCGGAUCAACCAAGAAAUCGACCGGAUCAACCAAGAAAUCGACCGGAUCAACCAAGAAAUCACCUGGAUCAGCAAAGAAAUCGCCAGGCUCAGCUAAGAAGACGGCAGGAUCAACUAAGAAAUCACCCGGAUCAACCAAGAAAUCACCCGGGUCAACCAACAAAUCACCUGGAUCAGCAAAGAAAUCGCCAGGUUCAGCUAAGAAGACGGCAGGAUCAACUAAGAAAUCACCCGGAUCAACCAAGAAAUCACCCGGUUCAACCAAGAAAUCACCUGGAUCAGCAAAAAAAUCGCCGGGUUCAGCUAAGAAGACGGCAGGAUCAACAAAGAAAUCACCUGGAUCAACCAAGAAAUCACCCGGAUCAUCCAAGAGAUCACCCGGAUCAACCAAGAAAUCACCUGCCUCAGUAAAGAAAUCUCCAGGUUCAGCUAAGAGGACAGCAGGAUCAACUAAGAAAUCACCUAGAUCAUCAUCCAAGAAAUCACCGGGAUCAGUGAAGUCCAAAUCGGUAUCGACCAAAGCCAGAGCAGGAGGGGGCACCAAGAAAAUGGCCGGGAAGAAACCGCGGAUGAAGAAUCGGAACAACAACAUCGAGAUUGAUUACUCGUCUUCGUGUGUCGAGUCCUCGACGGAAUCAGAUUGUUGCCUGACUCCACUGCUUCAUCGUCAGUGUACUCCAGGAGACGAUCCACCGCAGCGGGUAAGGGACCUGCCGGCGGGGCCCGUGCCUUGGUGGGGUCGAAUGUUUCGAAAACCGGAAUCGACUUACAUAGAUAUGAUGAGUGACUGAAGCAGUGACAAGUGCUGUAACUAAUGGUUUUGUAGGCCUACAUGAUGUUUUCUGAAACAAAUGGCUAAUUCUUUCAGCCAACUAUCAGUAUCAUUGGAUGAUAUUGUGCAAAAUACAGGCGCCUGUUGUAUUCGUAUUUAUGAAGGUCGUGAAGUAUACGUAAGAGUCAUGUGUUAUCUGCGGAUUGUUUUAUGAUUUUUGUUUUUGCAGUCAAGGCCUUGCUCGAUCUAAAUGAUCAACAAGAGUCGACGUCCAGGUUUAAUGUUCUCCUAUUAAGACUUUGCUUCUCGAAUGAAUAAGAUGUGAAGCCGAUUGGCGGUUAAUCCGAUUUGUAUGUCCGGCGUUUUCUAUUUUCGUAGCGUAGUAUACGUAUAAGUGCUUAUAGGCUUUUCGCUGGUCAUGACCGCCCGAUAUAGGCUGGCUUGAUUCAGUGUCUACAACUGUGCAGCACUGACCUUUUUUUUUAAACUUCACCAUCAAUCUCUUAAUAAAUGUAUUUUGACUCCCGGCUAUUUUAUUAUAUUUUGUUACGUCGCUCAUGGUUUUAGUCAUGAGCUUAAAUUGUAUUCAGAUUGAUGCUGUACUAUUUGCAACAAUUGAGUGCAUGUAUCUGUCAGAAUUCAUUGAUGUAAUUCCUUCCCUAAUCUGUUAAUGAAUGCGUACCCUAAUUACAUCGCCACUUCUAGGUCACACUAAUAAAAUCCAUUUAUUUCAGCAUGCAAAAUCACCAUCAUGUCUCCUGGUAGGCCUACUUAUUGUGCAAGAUCACGGUGCAUGUUAUUUAAUUUCUGCCAUUACGCCAAGUAAUCUGCAUUGCUUGGUGUAUUUCAUAGGAACCUACACAGCUCUAAUCAAACGCCGCAAUCGAUCCAAGGGGGGUCCGGGUACCGGCUCGAAUCACGGUCCCGUCAACUCGCGUCGUUUCGUCGGCAGAGUUGUCCCGGGUUCAAGUUACCGACGGCUAUAGGGUUCAACGGCCCUAACACCGCGCCUAUGGCUUGCCGCGUCUGGUGCCUUGGAUGUCAGCGAUGCCUGGCUUUUAGAAUGAUUGAAACCAUACCUGCCAACAGAAAUUGAACAAAAAACCAUCUCCGAUAUACCCGCUUGGUAUGGUGUGCACCAAGCAGCAAAACACAUCUUAUCAGCCAAGAUGGUUUCUGCUGCAUUUGGGUUGCCGAGAUCGCAGUACUUGCUGUAAUUCAUCACGCACGCACCCCUGGGCAAUUCCACACUAAUGGGCCUAAACUGAGUGUGACAUUUGAGAAGACCUUUAAGUUCUGAUAAUAAAAGUACGAUCUUGGUCUCUCAAUUUUUGCCGUCAACAUUGCAAGCUUCUAACAAAUAUCCUCACCUGCAAAGGAUAUAACUGGUUUUAUAUUUUUGGAAAAUAUAGUGGAUAUUGUUUUUAAAAGUGUUACGUACGUAACGAAGGACAGACAUUUUGGAUAAAGUCACAAAGUAAGCAUAACAUUUUAUGAUCCCCUAAUUUUGACUUUCAUUUUCAAUCUAGUGUUCCAGAAUCACUUUCUUACCUUGUACCGUACACCGUGUACUAUGAUAUUGCCGUAAGAUCAAGUCUAGUCUUCGAUGUACACCGCUCCCUCAUUAAGAGGCCCUUCCCCGAACCCUGCCUUAAUCUCAGCUAGUUAUAGGUAUUUCUUGAGGCCGCGAGGACAUUUUUAGACCACAAAUCCAUGGCUUUGUAAUCCCCGUGUAUCUCAGGGGACGUCUGGUAAGCUUUAUCAUGUAUCUCCGCUGCCUUCAAAAUAGCAUAUUUUCCGGUGAUUAAAAAUACAACAAGAAUGGCAUAAUGAAUGCAUUUCAAUUUUGCCGAUGUAAUAAUAUUUGGCAUUUCUGGAAAACCGAUCUUUUGGGGGUAGGAUUAUGAAUAAUCAUAAGUAUACAGUACACUGAAAGAAUUUACUUUUGGAUUAUUCGGUCAGAAUAUCAAUAAUCGAUGAAUGCAGUAUAAUACUCUACCGCCGUCCCUUGGUUUGGGAGUUCCAUGCACUUUACUCACUUUAUGCAGCAUGCAUGGUUAUUUUUAUGCAUUGCGGAAAUCUGAACAGAAUGCCCAUGAGCUGUAUUGCACGUGGGACGGACCUAUGUAUAUACCUGCAGGGAGGCUAGAUCGUAUUGUACUUAUUGCGAAUGAAAGUACACUGUGCACUUUUUAUAACGAAAAACUGAGAGUAUUAUAGCAUACUAGAAGUGCGAUCACCCAAAAUGACAAUGAAAAAUUAUGUGACUGAUGUGAGUGCAUACAAUGCAAUCCUUGAAAUGCACCUUUAUGUCCCAUUUAGCUUGAGUUUCAGUCUGCAUAUUUCCAUAUCAAUUAGGGUGUUUUGGUGCCUUUUUCUUUUUGUGCCAAUGCGAAUUUCAAUAUUCAUGAGCAAAACUGUGACAUCAUUCAAGGCAUAAACGUUAGUGUCACGCUUCAGCAUGUAAAGUAGCAAGAAUUUAGAAAUUUUUGUCUUGCCCAUGGUAAAAUUUUCUGUUUUUAGAUGAUUCGUUAUUGAUUCAGUACAUAUAAACUGUAAGUCAAGACAAAACGUAUGUACAUAAUUUUGAUGAGCGACAAUUGAUCCCCCAAUAAAACCUUAUCUGAAGAGUGUGAGCCUUAAA